CAAACUCCUCUCUGUGGACCCAUAAAAACUCACCCCAUAAAUCAUGUAAGAAAGCCAUUAAAACCUCUGCCAUUUAUACAAGGAGCCAGAAACAGAGCAUUCACCCCACAUCAUUUCUCUCUGGAUAUCCGUCUCUUUCUUCUGAAAGAGAUAAUGGAUUCCGGCGACUUUCGAUGCAGUUACUCUGUUGCAUCUUCAGCUCUGCUGCUCUUCGGUGUUGCUCUUCUUCCGCAAGCAAAUGCAGGGGACUGCGACCUGUUCAGUGGAAGGUGGGUUUUCGAUUCCUCCUAUCCUCUGUAUUCUUCCUCGAAAUUGUCCCUUCAUCGAGAGAGAGUUCAGUUGCGAGAAGAAUGGCCGGCCUGAUUUGGUUUACACCAAAUACAGAUGGCAGCCUCUUGGCUGUGAUUUAGCAAGGAAGAAAAGGGACAAGAAAUUUGGUGGGAAGAUGGUCAAGAAUGAAUAAUGUUCUGAUAUUUUUCUAACAGUAGCAUCCAAAACCAUGCCAUAAUGCAGUGCCAGAUACGGGUAUUUAUGAUUUCUCCACCACAGAAAUUAAAACAGUGGAUUAGAACGAUAGUUGACCGACUCUUCACUUUAAAUCAAUGGAAUGAUGACUCUUAACAUCGGAAUACAGGAACCUAAGGUUG